AUGUCACAAAGUCUUAAUAGCGAUCCGAUUAUGAAUCGUUAUCCACAGACGAAUAUUUCCGGUUCACACGGUCGUCAAAAUCCCAAUCCAUACUCAAACUCAAAUGAUAUGGAGCAAACUGAGCUAUAUGAAUAUGAAAAUAAUCGAUCAAAAUUAGGUAAUAUAUUUAAUCGCAAUGGUGGCGACAAUGUAUUCACACCUCGACGUGAUAUUAUCGAUUCUAUCUGUUCGAAUAUCAACCAAACUUUGUUGGUAGCAAAACUAUUUUAUUUUUUCUAUUUUGCCGCAUUUGGAGCACUCUUUCCAUUAUUAAGUAUUUAUUUCAAACAAAUGGGUAUGGGACCAUCUUAUUGUGGAAUUCUAAUGGGAUUUCGUCCAUUUGUCGAGUUUAUCUCUGCUCCAUUUUGGGGAGUGGUUGCCUCUCGAUUUCGUCAAGCAAAAAUCAUCAUGCUAAUGGCCUUAGCAUCAUGGAUUCUAUUUACUGUAUCAAUAGGACUUAUCAAACCGCCACCCCACUCGUGUUGGAGACAGAAUUCGACUCAUACUCUAUUAGAACGUGUUGGUGGUAAUACGCUUCUUACAGUUAAAAAGCGUGAUUUAUUUAAUAUUGAUGAGACAUUUUCUAUUCGUUCAAAACGUCAAGAAUGGAUCCCAUUAGAUAAUAUAAAUUAUACUCAAACAGUUUUAAAUCGAGCAAUUGAAUUAUCAGCCAAUAAAACCAAACUAAGAAAUAAAGUUGAUCUUGAUGAAUUCAUAAAUAAAACAGAUAGAAAAAAUGUGAUUCAAGCAGAAAUGAACAAGAUUAUUGAACCAAUUGUCUCAACAACAGCAACAAAACCAAAAGUCAGGCCACUAACAACAACAAAAAAGACAACAACGACAAAAUUAGCGGAAGACGAUAAUGUUGAAGAUGACGAAGAAGAAGAAGAAGACGAUAGUAUUGAGAAAUCUCAGUAUCGAACAUACACCACGGUAAAAACAACUCAAGCACAGGUAACAAAACAUUUAUUAACAACGGAAAAAAUGAUGGGUAAUCCAAUGCAGAUAACACACACAAAUUUAUCUCUCGUGAAACCAUUAGCCACAGAUGUACUCUAUUUGAAGAGUGAUGUACGAAAUGUAUUCAUGGUAUUUCUACUACUGAUUAUUAUUGGUGAAUUUUUCAGUGCACCAGCAAUUACACUGGCGGAUGCUUGCACGUUAACGUAUCUUGGACAAGAUACUGAAUUAUACGGUCGACAACGGAUGUGGGGUAGUGUAGGAUGGGGUAUAGCAAUAUUUCUCGUAGCAACAGUAUUAGAUCAAUCAAAAGGAUUAAUAACUCAUCCGUGUGGCUCCAAUAGUAUGUUACUAGAAAAAAAUUAUACAAUUUGUUUUGCAACAUUUAGUGUGUUGAUGGCAUGUGCUUUGGGUGUUGCCACUCAAUUUCAUUUUACUUAUGAUGAAAGCGAACGUAUACCAUUGAAAACACUGCGUGAUGAUAUUAAACAUAAAAUUCAUCAUACAUCACCAAAACAACGUUUGAUUAAUGAAGAUGAUGAUGGACCAUCAGAUAUACAAAGUAUCGUUAAUGAUGAACAACAAGUGCAAAUUAACUUAAGAAAACAACAACAACAAAAUCAUGAACAACAAAAUAGUUCAUCAUCAUCGUUUUAUCAACGUCGUGCAUCACAAACAAUGAAAUUAAUGCAAUUAGUUCAAUUAUUUACUACCGUUAAACAUGGAACAUUUCUAUUCAUAGCAUGGUGGAUGGGCUGCGGUGUUGGACUUGUAUUUACAUUUUUAUUUUGGCAUCUACAAGAUUUAGGUGGUUCACCAACAUUAUUCGGUGUUGCAUCGGUGAUCAAUCAUAUAUCAGAAUUAUUUGCCUAUUUUUUCUUACAUGAAUUAAUUCGACGUUUAGGUCAUAUUAAAAUACUAUAUUUGGGUUUGCUGGGAAAUACUAUACGUUUUGUUUAUAUAUCAUUUCUUAAAAGUCCAUGGUGGGUACUACCAUUUGAAUUUAUUCAAGGUCUGACGCAUGCAGCUGUGUGGGCAACAGCUUGUUCUUAUUUAUCUCAAGCAGCGCCAGAAAAUUUACGUCUAUCGUGUCAAGGUGUCUUACAAGGAUUUCAUUUUGGAUUUGGACGAGGGUGUGGAGCAUUAUUCGGAGGAUUUUUGGCAUCGGCUAUAGGAACCGACAUAACAUUCCUUCUAUAUGGUAUUUCCUGCUUGUUAUUGAUGAUUGUAUUUAUAUUAUUAAAUUAUUUCUACAAUGAUGGACAUCGUCAUCGCACAAUGAGUAGAGCAAGUAUAAGUGGUGAUCCUCGAGAAUACAUAGCGGAUUCGACUUUUAUUGCACCGCAUGGUGUUCCUUCAAAUCCAAAAUGGCACAAUUUUACCGCAGGCGUUACUGCAGGAAUACGUCGAGAUCUUCCUUCUUCUUCCAUUUCAUCCAGCUAUGAUACUCAACGUAUGGCAUCAUCAUCUGGCGGUCAUCCUGGACAUGUAUUUGGAAACUAUCAAGGUUUUUGA